GCUGCUCUCACCCUCGCACCACACAAAAAACAAAGGGGACUCUUUUGUAGUUUUGCCUGCAGUGCUUUCUGUUGCCUCUACAGUUAAUGUCUUAAUGAACUGAACUCCAGGAUAGCAGACACAAACAGCUGUGAUCAACUGCAAAAUCAGUGUAUUACACCAAUAAACCUCAGAGAAGUAUGGACAAACAGAGAAAGAUGAUGACUUUCUGUCUGCUCUUGGCAGCUAUUAGCAGCCCCGUGCUUAGUGGAGAAUGGAAGGCCAAUGUUGUAAAAACCCUUGACGCCCUGGUUACAUCCUGCAUUGUGGUACCCUGUUCAUUCACCCAUCCUAAAGAACGCCUGCCCACCUCCAAACUCAGAGGGAUCUGGCAUAAGUCAAGAAAUCGAGAUCAACGCAUCUAUAGCGAUGAUCAAACGCAAGUCUUGGAAAACUUUAGGGGCCGCACACGGUUGUUGGGACGUCUGGGUGACAACAACUGCACCUUAGAAAUUACUGAAAUUAAAGAUCAUGAUAAUGGCCCUUUCUGUUUCCGGAUUGAACUAGCACGAACAGAGACUGAUACAUCCACCGUUGACAAGUUCUCCUUUCUUGAAGAUUGUGUUGAGUUCAGAAUGCUCUCUGAUCCUCAACCUACACUGAUUCACCCCAAGACAGCCAUUCAAGAUCAUCCCUACACUGUCGUCUGUUCAGUCACCCAUACCUGCCCCUCGCAUGUGCCUAAACUCACAUGGAGUAGGGGCACCGCAGACACUGAGGUCCACAGAGAAAUUAGUUUAGGCUUGUGGGAGACACAGUCCAUCCUGACGUUCAUUCCUGAGGAGAAGGAUGACCACAGUGAGGUCACCUGCACAUCACAAUUUAAUGGACACAAGACGUCCUCUUCAACACUGAAACUCUAUGUAAAACGUACAGAAAACUAUAACUACAUCAUCAUUCCCACAGUAGUGGGGAUUGGUAUCGCUGUGAUCUUUGCAGUCUUCUGCAUUUUCAUGGUGAAAAAAUACAAGAAUCAGAUCGCAGAGCUCCAAAGACAAGAAGGCAGUGUGUGGAACCGGAUUUCCAGACUGUCUCGCAGGAACAGAGUCUGAAGAUAAUCAAAGGAAACCAGAAGAAGUCUGCUGUCUAUUGCUGUCUGCAAAAGUGCUGCCUUUAAAAUUUCCCUAUAAUAAUACCGUUUAAAAAAAAAUGAAAUGAAGUCAAGUCUAAAAUCAUUUACUGGAGGGUUGAAUCUAUUUGUUUGACAAGCUUGCUUUCAUGUUAUUCACAUAUUAACUUCAGAGAAAUGCCAUUACAAAACAGCAACUUAGAACACAAAAUAUAUAUAAAAUUAUGUUAACAAAGCUUAAAUGUUUUAGCAUGUUUUUCCUGAAAAGCAACAUUAUGUACUGUCAACUGAUUUAGUCAGUGUAGAAAUGGCUAAUUAUCAUUCCUUCCUAUUCACUUUGGUUUGUUCUGUCACAAGUUUAGUUUAUGAGGAGAAAAUAAACUUUUUAGUUGUAAAACUCCUAUUCUUUAUUCACCAUCCACUGGCAUGUGAUAUUAGAGGCACUGUGUUAGGUUUUCUCAGCUGUAAAUUAUAGCCAGUGGUGACAGUGUGCUCGCUUGUGUGAAUAUGUGAUUUCUGCUAAUAACAUUAACUGAACUUUUAUAAACCUCAGUACCAAAUCUAAAAGUGUUUUAAUCUCAAUUUGAAGAGAAAUAUGUCAAAACUGUUUCAGUACCAAAAAGAUCUCAUUUAAAUGUACUAAUGACUUCCUGUUGUCUGAACAGAUGCAUCAUAUAAACAUUUUUCUUUGAACAUUCAA